CGAGCUAUACCUCCUUCCUCAGUUCUCUUCCAUCUCGACGCACGUAUACACACACACGCUCACGACGGAAGAGUGUGUGUGUGCGUAUCGGUGUGCCUGUAUGUGUGGGUUGACAGCUGACGCACACACACGUACACACACUUACAGAGCCUUGUGUGUACUUUAUGAGGCAGAUAAGGGGAAGACUGUGUGCGUGUGUACGUAUUUUGAUAGUGUUUGUGUACGUGUUCGUGACUGUGUGUGCGUGCGUGUGUACAAACAUAAAAGAUGGCAUCCCACAUGAGACUCUGUGUGGUGGUGAUGAUGAUGAUGAUGAUGAUGAUGAUGGUGGUGGUGAAUGGUGAUGACAAGUCGGAAACACUAGUGGUGAUGAUUGACACACCACUAUCACCACCACCACCACCACCAAUCGACAUAGCCUCACCACCACAACUCCCACUACUUCCACCCACUCCACCACAAGCACCACCACCACCGCCACCCGAUCCACUCCCAGGUCUGUUCGUAAGGCAAGAAACGGCCUUAAGGAAGAUGGAUGCCCUCAUAGCGAAGAUGAGCAAAUUAGAUGACCUUGACACGAAACUAGACAGACUGACCUCGAUUCUGCAAGCCCGCGAAGACCAGCUGGAGGCCCUGGUGGAGGCGGUGGAGGAGAAGGUGGACGAGGUGCAGGAGAAGGUAUCAGCUGUGUCGGGGCAAGUCGGGGAGCUGAAAGACAGGGUGGAGGCCGUUGGUGAUGUGGUAACACUGCUUGAUGGAAAAGUGGAGGAUCUAGGUGGUAAGAUAGAGGAGGUGGAUGGGAGGCUAGUGGAGCUACGGGAGGAAGUAAACGGAACACUGGAGGUGGAGAGAGGUGGAGAAAUGGAGGAAAAACAGAUGACAGCACAGUACAUGUCCACCCAAACCACAUCGCUUCCACACGAACACAUCCACUUGCUGCUGACCAACUUGACGCUGCGGGUGGAGGAGGGCGUGGAGGAGAACAGUGCCAGUGCCAGGGCGUGCCAGGAGGGCGUGAGGCACCUGACGGGGGUACUGGAGCCCUUCGUGAACACCUCCCACCACCUCGCAGCCUCCUUGGUCAACCGUAUACGGGUAUCGAACCUGGCUAUGGAUAAGCGACUAGGGGCUAUCCUGCACGCGCUGUCCCUCCGCCACCAACUCCUUAGCGAUGGACUCCACAAUGCCAUCUCCACCCUGCAGUCCCACGUCAAUCUCCACCUCCAGCAGAACCUCAGGAGUGUGGAGGAUAAGGUGGAGGAGGUGGUGAGGGGAAGUAUAGAUGAACUGAUGGUGGUUUUGAACUCCACGUCAUCUGCUUCCUCUUCCACUUCUCCCUCCACUUCCUCCUCCUCUCCACUCCUCUUAGAUACUCUUGAUAGCAUCCUCCACCUGUCCAACCUCACCUUACAUCACCUGCUGCAAGAGGAAGAGGAGGAGGAGAAAGAGGAGGAGGAGGAGAGGGUAGAAGAAGGAGAGAGGAAAGCAUCGAUGUGUGUACCAGUGGACGAAAGUAACACCACCUCCACCGCCACCAUCAACACCACCACCAACACCACCGCCACACCCAUCUCCCUCACCACCACACGCCUACAGGAGACGGUAAGGGAGGCGCUGCGGGAGAGACUCACACACCUGGAGGAGCAGGUGUCGGGGCUCCGGAUCUACCUGUCCACCAGCCUCCACGUGCACGCCGGCCAGGUGGAGGAGCGCGUGGCCCUGGUGGAGGCUGGGCUGCUGCGGGUGGUACGGGAGACGCUGUCCAAAUCCAACCGCGGUCUGGAAAAGCUUCGGCGCGCUUCCCUCGGCUACCUGGACGCCGCCGUGACCAGCGUGUCCUCGGCGGCGGUGGCGUCAGCGCAGGCCACGGCUGACCACCUGUCCCAGACGCUGACGGAUGUGACGCUGAUGCUGGCACGGCGGAUGUACCAGGUGGAGGUGGCGGUGAGGGCGGCGGUGGGCGGUGGUGAUGGUGGUGAUGAGGGUGGUGAGAGGCUAGGCUGGCAGCGGUGGUGGUGGUGGUGGUGGUGCCCUGCGAUGGUGGCGGAGAAUGGUGAUGAUGGUGAUGAUGGCGGUGCAUGUCUCAGCGCCUUACCAGGGAAUGCCUCAAGCUGGGGGGCCGCGAGGGAUCGUUGCAGGGGGGUGGGGGGUGACCUGCUGACCCUUACCCCCACCCACACACCCCUCCACCCCUUCCUUCACCCCACCCAGUCCCCCGUUCACUCCCCCCUCCACUCCAGACCCCCGCCCAUCCCCUCCUUCUGGGUGGGGGGCCGCAGGGUGCUGGGGGAGUGGCGGUGGGUCACGGGGGAGCUGGUGGAGGGGGAGGUGGAGGAGGAGGGGGAGGUUGGAGGGGGUGGGGGUGGGGAUUGUAUGGUGGUAAUGGUAGGGGAGGAUGGGGGGGUCAAAAUGUUUGCCGCUCCCUGCCUCACCCCCCACCCUGCCCUCUGCCAGCUCCCCCCCACCCCUGGCAAUGACCCUGGGCCCCCUCUUGACCCCCAGCGGAACGAGGUCACGCCCCUUGGCUCCUACAAUUUCUUGACCCCCGAUGACCUUAACCUGGCGUAGUCACCCUUUAAACACCGCCCUGAAGCCCGUUUUCUUUCACGUCGCUGACUGUAACGUGUAAUUAUGCAAUGGAGCCACCUGUAUAUCAGUUCGCAGCGGUGGCGACGCUUUACCUUUUGUUUACCAACUUUUUAUAGUUUCGGUGUUGCCUGCCGCAGCACCGUGAGUGUAGAGGUGAUGGGGGUUUAAGAUCAGAAGUCGAACUAAAUCUUCACUCAAACCACGAUUUCCGCUGGCGUGGUUCUCAAUUGUUUGUUGUUAUUGCUGCUGCUGAUGAUGGUAAUACUGUCGUCCUUCAGUGAAAUCUACCGUAGCUUUGGAAGAUCGUGGACACGUCAGAAAACCACGCAAAUAUGAGAACCACGCCAGCGGAAAUCGUGGUUUGACUGAAGAUCCACGGAAAAUUUGCCCAGUGUGAUAGCCCCUUAGCCACACCUUCAGAUGUGAUGCCCUUCUAACAUCAUAUUAUAUUAUACUAUAGAUGCAAGAGAGCCAAACAUAGCCAGGAGCGAAAUGUUCAGGAGACGAAACCUCCGAUGCUGCCUCCUGGCGUUGAUGAGACUGAUACGGACCUGCGCACAUUCGGCCCGCAAUGGUCAUAUUUCCCAUAAAUAGACGCAAACCUUAAAACAUACGAGCAAUUGGAAAAAAAUACAUUUCUUCCCGAUCAGCGAACAUCGCGUUUGGGCAUUUGACUCCAAAACAAUAACUUAUAUUCCGGAAUCCCGAAAUAGAGAGAGAGAAAAAAACAUGGAGGUAGAAUUAGUGGAGUCGACAUCAGCCCAGUUAAGUGAAUCCGCCCGGGCUGUCAUUUUUACGGCCAGGUGUCAGGUGUUGUCAGGUAGGCUCCUUAAUGGGCUCGGCCAGGCUCGCCCACCCCAUCUUUUGGCCGUAAAUUUGACAGUUCGUCGGCUUCACCUCAAUGAAUGGGAUUAGCGGGCCGUGUCGACUCCACCAAUUUUACCUCCAUGGAAAAAAGGAGUUCACUGUUAUAGCGGCGCUGCGUGUAGCCAAAACCGUCUAUUCUUAAGCAAUACAAUAGUUUAUAGGUAUACACUACUCCUACUACUACUACUACUUCUACGAAACUCCAUAUAAUUUGUAGCUAUUACAUUACUACAGCAUACAGACAGUUAGUAUAUUAUUACAUCUACGAGCUAAGACCAUAAACAGGCCGUGAAUGGGUUAUCAGUAUAUCGAAACUUCUGACUGAAAAAUUUACCUUCUUUGGUACUUUGAGAUUUCUGAAUGAAGAAGUGACCAAGGCUUGCUCUCUCGGCGGAAGGGGGGAGGGGGAGGGGCAAUGCUCUUCAACCCUAUACAACCAGCCUGACCCAAAGAAAAAGGAGAUAAAAAGAAAAAAGAAAAUUAACUCUUAUAUUCUUUUCAAUCGUGCCUCUCCUGAAAACAAAGAUAGUGACCAGUGAUGAAAGCAAUGCCGGUGGUGAUGAUGGUGGUGUUGAUGACUGUAGUGGUGGUGGUGGUGGUGGUGACGAGGGUGAUGGUGAUGACAAGUGACGACGACCAUGAUAACAACGGUGGUGGUGGUGAUGGUGAAGAUGGUGAUGAUGGUGAUGGUGACGGUGGUGAAGAUGGUGAUGGUGGUGGUGGUGGUGAUGAAGGUGGUGAUGAUGGUGAGGGACCUGCUUAUGUAUACUUUCACAUAUUUAUACAAUGAUAGAACUAAUAGAAGCGUUCACACUAAUCUAUUACCAAUGCAAUUACUCCUAUGUCCAUAAACACACACACACACACACACACACACACACACGCACACACACACAAACAAGCGUUGCCUCGCCGAUGAUGUAAACACAGCCAUGAAGAGAAUAAUAAACAUGAUUCAAAUAA